ACAUGGAUUGGGGAGUUAUUCAGAUUCGAUUCAAUACUUUUUUCUUUGAUCUUAUAAGAGGUUCAUAUUCGAUGUUGUCUUAUUGUCUACAUUCCGAAGAUUCUUACUUGAUAAUUUCUGGGCCGGUCU